AUGCGAGAAAUUAUUAUACAAUUUCUAAUAAUUGUUUUUGCAUCUAGCUUGCCCUUUCUGUUUAGUUUACAUGGAGAUUUUGUUUUCGAUGAUUCAGAAGCGAUUGUAAAGAAUAAGGAUGUUACUUCUGCAUCCUGGCUUGACUCAUUUAGUAAUGACUUCUGGGGUACAAAUAUAAAAAGUAACAUUAGUCAUAAAUCUUAUCGGCCUCUGACGAUAAUAUCAUUCAGAUUGAACUAUUAUGUAAACAGCCAAAAUUUAUCUGCUACACAAUUUAAAGCCACAAAUCUUUUAUGCCACAUAUCAUGUUGUAUCCUAGUAUGGAUGACUUACAAUUGUAUUUGGAAUAGAGUAAAGAUGAAGAAUAAUUUAGGUAGCAAUGUAAACCUACCCUUCAUUGUAGCUAUUAUAUUCAGUGUACAUCCUGUACAUGUGGAAGCUAUUUGUGGCAUUGUAGGAAGAGCAGAUUUAUUAGCAACAGCUACAUUCCUUUUAUCAUUCCUUAUUUAUGAUAAAGCAAUUAGAUCUAAUAAAAUAUUAAAUAUUUAUUUAUUUACCAGUAUUAUACUUGCUAGUAUUUCUAUGCUGUUUAAGGAAAAUGGGAUAACUGUAUUGGGUGUUUGUUGUGUGUAUGAUUUAAUUCUUCAUAUAAAAUCAAGACCACAAGAGAUACUGAAAAAUAAAGGUGCACUGUACAUAUUUAAGAAUGUAAAUAUGGAUAUCAAAAGUGUUUAUAGAAUAAUUUGCACUGUUUUAUUUACAAUGUUGUUUUUGUAUGGAAGAUGGGUUAUUAUGGGAGCAACUAAACCUGAGUUUAAGCCAACAGACAAUCCAGCUGCUUUCAGUCCUGAUCUCUUUACUAAGGUAUCCACUUACAGCUAUAUAUAUUUUCUUAACAUAUUAUUAUUAAUUUGGCCAGAAUGGUUGAGCUAUGAUUGGUCAAUGGGAUGUGUGCCACUAAUAAAGAAUGCACAUGAUUUCAGAAUAAUAUUUGCAUUUAUGUUAUACUUAUAUGGUAUAGUAUUCAUAAAUACAAUCAUUAAUAAAGCAAACAGGACUUCUACUAAAAGGAUAAUGAUAAUGGGGUUAUCAAUAAUGGUCAUACCAUUUCUGCCAGCUGCAAAUAUAAUUUAUCCAGUUGGCUUUGUUGUUGCUGAAAGAAUUUUGUACAUACCUUCUGUGGGAUAUUGUCUUUUGAUCUCUGUGGGAUUUCACAAAAUGAUAGAAUACAAUGGGAAGUGUAGAAAGAAACCAAUCAUCAUAUUAUUAUGUAUAAUAUUAAUUUAUGCUCUAAGAAGUUGGCAAAGGUCAUUCCACUGGCAAAAUGAGUAUAAAUUGUUCACCAGCGCUCUUUCAGUCUGUCCAUUGAAUGCUAAAGUACAUUACAAUGUAGCUAAAGUAGCUGACGCCAAAAAUAACACGGAAUGGGCUUUAAAAGAAUAUAGGGAGGCAAUAAGAUUAUAUCCAGAAUAUUAUCAAGCAAUGAAUAAUCUAGCAAAUUUAUUAAAAAAUGAUAAAGAAUAUGCAGAAGCAGAAUUCCAUCUUAGAAAUGCUAUCCACUACAAAAAAGAUUUCCCAGCAGCAUGGAUGAAUCUUGGCAUCGUCUUGGCGAACACAGGGAGAUAUAAGGAGUCGGAGAUUGCGUAUAAAACAGCUUUUCAGUACAGAAGAAAUUAUGCAGAUUGCUAUUACAAUUUGGGAAAUCUGUACCUAGAAAUGAAUAGAACUCAAGAAGCAAUGGAAAACUGGUACCAUGCUAUAAAUCUAAAUUCAAAACAUAUAUCGGCCUGGACGAAUCUAUUGGCAUUAUUAGACAAUACAGGACAAAUAGAAAAAGCCCUACAAAUUAUACCUAAGGCUCUCGCAGAACUGUCAGAUACUCCAUCAAUUAACUUCGCAAUAGCAAAUAUUUAUGGAAAAAUCGACCAAUAUAAUGAUGCAGAAAAACAUUUUCUUAAAGCUAUUAAGUUAUUCAAAGGUCGAGUGCAACCCCUUCAUUAUACUAAUCUUGGAGUAUUGUAUCAUCGCUGGAAAAAAUAUGGUCUAGCAGAAGAAAUGUAUAAAAUGGCUUUAAAAAUUGAUUCAAAAUUUCAUAGCGCUAUUAGAAAUCUUCAGAACUUAUACAAAAUUAAAAAGAAGUCAAAA